AUGGACCGACGGAAAGGACUUUUCAUCAUGUUGUGGGUGGCAGUCAUCCCAUUGCAUAAAGCAGAUAAUUUAGAACUAUUGUUGGGAACUCUGCGCACACAUCAAAAAGCUGCGUGUGACGAGGAUAUGGUUACACUCAUCUGUCCCCGUGGUACUACAAUCAGCAUUCAAGUAGCUCAGUAUGGUGCUUCGGCGUCUCAAACUUCGUGUUCUCCCGAACUGGCAGAAUACCAGCCGGUUGCUGUAGAAGUCGUGGGUGAUACGUCAUGUACCUGGCCUAGUACCUUGCAGUACUCAUUGUUACAGACAGUCGUAGAGGCGUGCCAGAAAAAGCGACAGUGCAAAUUUAACACAAGUCCAAAAACAUUUGGUGUUGAUCCAUGUCCUGGUUCUAGAAGGUUCGUUGAAGUCGCUUACAAGUGCCGUCCAUAUGAAUUUCGAAGUAAAGUUGGCUGCGAAAAUGAUGUACUUCAUUUAAGCUGCAACCCACAUUCAAGAGUUGCUAUAUACUCGGCCCAGUAUGGAAGAACUGAGUAUGAUUCAAUACAGUGCCCACAGCCAAGGGGAAUGAAAGAAGAGACUUGCUUAGAACCUUACGCCACUGAGACAGCAAUGCGAGAGUGUCACGGAAAGAGGCGGUGUGUUUUGGCAGCUGACAGCAAGAUGUUUGGCAAGCCUUGUCGUGUAGGUAGCCGGACGUAUCUCAAAAUCGUUUACACAUGUGUACCACGCACAGUCCUCAAAGAACGUUACGAGAGUGCACCAGAAGAAGAUGAGGUUGCUUAUGAUAUAUCUGAUAGUGAGCACGAGGAUGUCGAUGAAACAAGUGACCGUUGGUGGGGAGAGCAAGCUAUACCACCUGCUCCAGCUGUUGCGGCAGUGCCUUCAAAAAAACCCUCAAUAUCGACGAAUAAUAACUUUACAAACCACAAUCAACAAGACUCAUUCCCGUCAUCACCAAGGCAGCAUGUUACAAAAAGUGAUCAAUUCGACAUCAUGUAUGCCUACAUCACUGCUGCUGUUGCUGUUGCUCUUUUAGUUUGCAUCAUUAUGGCUACAGUGCGUUGCGUCAUAAAUAAACGUAAUAUAGAACAACCAAAAGGCCCCGAUGUAUCAGCUACUACGGAAGUUCCAAAUGGUUUUAAUGACAGUAUAUCAGAAGUUGACAACGAUAUAAAUAUAACAAGUCUUUCGGGCCCUGUUGAAACUUUAGAUUCGGGACUAAAACAAGAAAUGCAACUCGAGAAUAUGACUCUUAGUCCAAAAAUUAAUCGUUAUGUAGGACGUCCAGUCCCAAACACAUAUCCACAUGUAAGCAGUAACAUAUAUGGACAAGUUGCUGAAUACCCUAUCGAAAUGCCCUUUCAAACAAUGCACCAUGGAACUUUAGGUCGCGGUGUAGCAGUAAAGACUUUACCGAGAGUUCAAAUACAAGCCGAAUCUGACCGCAACGCAAGAAGUUUAUAUCAGCUGGAGCCAUCUCUAUCCGUCACUGAGCAAAACCUGGCAGACCGAGUUCGGUACAUCCUGCGCUCCAACAUAUUUGGUGACGCCGAACUCGAACGACUACGACGUGAGGCUGUUCCCUCAUCGGAUGGAAAUGCUACGGCUGGGAAUGCGGCGCCACUAAUUGCGCAGCAAACUGCAAAUGUGGACGCCGCCGUCAAUAUUCCAUUUGUAGUUGAUUCAGACGAUGAUGGAAUAGUCCCCCACGAACUAGAGAAAAUGAGGAGCAUAUUGGAAGAGUCGAUGCUGGAAACGCGCAGCAUGCCUCUCGAAAAUCGACCGCGACUUCCCCGCAUACCCCUUAGCAAGCGAAAUCGGGCUGUCGUGCGGGCUCUUAACCCAAUGCUGGUGACCUAUUUGGAAGCCAGCCGGGACCUUUGCGAGACGGACUCUAUUCUUUUUGGCGCCGCACUGGCAGUAUGCCGUAUUAUUGGCGCCAAACUUCCCAUGGCUGGACGUGCUACUCAACAAGGUAGUGCCAUCCCAGCCUGGAGAAAAAGAAUCGAGGACCGUAUCGCAAAGGCAAGGGCCCUUAUCGGCAGACUGACAAGCUUCAGGUCGGGUAAUAUUAGACCGAGAGUUGUGCGCACCGUUAGAGAUGGCGUUUGCUGGGACAAAUAUUAG